AUUCUCUAUCAGAUUCUGAUGACGAAUUAGAAUUUGAACUUCCACCACAUCUUAGACACCGUUCUCCUCCAGAUUCAGAUGGCGAAUUUGAUGAUUCAGCUGAACAAAUUCUAUUCGAUCAACUAAAACACCUUCCUCAAGAUUUAUAG